AUGCAAAAAGCACGCGUUAAGAUAUUUAGUAUAGAAGAUAAAAAAACAGAGCUAAGCCGGUUCCUGUACGUGGUGCAGGGGCAGAUUAACUACAUUCGAGACAUAAAGAGCGAAAUCGAAAGUCUGUUUUUCAGCGAAUUGUCAAUAAAACAGCACAUAGUGAGCAUAACCGACUCAGAUGGGUAUGUCAUCAGCGACUGGCUGAAGGCCAGCACAGUGCUUGAUGGAAAGCUGAAUGUAUAUGUGUGUGGGGGAGGCUGCGGUAAGUGCAAAAACAAAGAGCCUGACGUGUACACAUACGAAACAGAAGAAGAAAGCGAGGAUGUGAAUAUAAAAGUAGAAGUUCCUCCAGUGCCCCAAGAAGCAAGUGUAAAAAUAGGCAGACUGGACCUAAAGAAGAAGAGCAUGCUGCCUUCUAUACAGAAGCCUCUUCGCAGAGAAGCUACAAAUUCAAAGAAAAGUGUUUCUACAAACUUUGAGAAUGUUGGAGACAUAGGAGCUAGCAGCAAAGAGAGCGUGUCUAAUCUACCAGACACACAGAACAUAGCAGAGAAUGCAAACAGCCGUAAUGAUGUCCAAAGUCUUGAAAAUGAAACUGAAAAAAAAACCAGCAAUACUAAUGCACUCACAGAAAGUAGCUGUGCAAGUUCUGCUGAUGAGUUCACUUCAGACAGCAGCACAGGAAGGAGGUAUCUUACUAAGCGCCACUUGGACCUGGACAGUGUCAGAAAAAUCCAUGCGCCCCUCAAUAGAUAUGCUAAAAGAAAAUAA